AUGGCUUUGAAGUCUUUUCACCGUAUGAUGGACCUCCCGCUAGAGAUUCGUCAGGAAAUUUAUUUCAUGGCUACACCAGACCGCGUUGUUCACAUUCGAUCCGAAUUCCCAGACCUCGGAAAAAGAAAAGGGCGUUUCUCAUGUAGCACUCUUAUCCCCCCUCUGCUACACACCUUUUCUGAGUCUCGAGAAUUCCUGGAAAGAACGGGCUACAGACUGGCUUUCCGAGACAAAUCAAUUGGGCGGCAAUUCUGGUUCAACUUCAAAAGAGAUACCAUGUUUAUCGACAAAGGGGCACUGGUCAUGAUGCACCAUGGCAUCAAUCCAUUCCCCUCCAGUGAUUGCCAAAGAGUUCGCAGAAUAGCCUACGAGAGGGAGGACUUCAGGUGCUAUGUGCAAGGCGUCAUGCUUGCUCUCCAAACUUUUAGAGAGCUUCAAGCAGUCUUUCUCAUCGAGUGGCACAGAAAGGUGGUGGAUUUGGACGAGCCUCGGACCAAAUCCAGCGAAAGAUUCUUUCCCGACCCUAUUCCACAGAGACACAGCUACGAUACCAGGAACCUCUGCAAGUUUACCGAGAUCCAAAAGAUUGAUGCAUAUAUAUGCUGGCUUCCCCACUUUAAAGAUCUGCAGGGCAUGGCCCUAUGGAUGCGUAACGGUUGGGAGACUCUUUACAGCGUUUUCCCUCCACUGGUCUUACCAAAAGACACAGAUAUCGUCAAGUAUCUCAGCGAGCCUUACGAGAAGUGGCGUGAUCACAGACGAGAAGAAUUGGAGUUAGAUUUGGCGAAAUACUGGGCUAAAUUAGGGCGGCCGAAAGCGAAGCUGCCCAAGUUCAAAGUCGUGCACCUCCUCACCGACGACGAAUGCCAACUUAUCCGACGAAAACGACGCAUCUGUUCGGAAAAGAUUGAAACAAAGUUCCACAAAAGCCAGCUUUUUGAAUUGACCAACGGCAAUCUGGUGCAACUUUUUGGGAACUUCUAG